GGAAGUACACAACACUGGCUACAUUCUCUCGGCUAACGUUUUGUAUUUGUUAGCUUCAUUAGCCACACAGUUUUGUCGUCAUUGGCAUUGUCACUUUUAUUUUUAAAUAAAGCGCCAUUUUUGUACUUUAUGUUAUGAUAUACGCAUAAGUUCGGCGGAGACAAGCGUGUGCGGGCCGACAGCCACAAUGGCGUAUAAGCUGUCCCUCCAGUCGAAGCUCUCCUCCGUCAUGGAGGCGAUGGCCACAUCCGCCCUGGCUCAGGUCCUCCAGGCGGUGGACGAAGACGCGGUGGAGCUGCGCCUGGAAGUGUCUCGGCUCCAGACUCUCAACUCGGCCCUGGCGGAGAAGGUCGACGAGCUGGAGUACGAGCUGACGGCCGCCAGAGAUGACGCCCCCAAGCUGGGUAAAAGUCACCGAACCGUCGCGAUCCAGACAGACGCCGAUUCUGACGAAUCCCAGUCUCCUGUCAUAGAGGGAGUCUUUGGACAAGACUGGUGCCUAAACCUGUGGAAAGACAGAUUUCAUGGCGGUCAAAGGAAAGACAACACAACAUCUCAGCACGUGGACGAUACUACGGAUAUGUCCAUACCUCUAGAAAGUUUUUCUCCAAGCGACUCAACGGAGCUGGAAAAAGGCGCAGAGUUUUGGAGUUUUGAGUCUCUUUCAGAGGCGGUGGAACGCUGGCAGAAGUCUAAUUUGGUGGAGCUCUACAAGCGUAGUUCCAGGAGCGUGGAAAAUGCCUCAAAGCGGGCGAGGAAGAAAAUGUACAGCCGGGAUUUAGUUUUCGCCGAGCUGGACUUUGCCUGCGUUCACGGCAGCAGAGGCCCCGCUUUAAAACGGUGUCCAUUCACCAUCAAAGUGCGAGUUACACCUGAUGGAAGGAAGCUGUUUGUAAAGGACAUUAGUAGUGUGGAUUGCCACAACCACGGCCUGUCUCAAUUUUUAAUGACCGGGCCUGAUCAAUUGGACGUGAUUCAAGUCAAAGUAGAAGAUUAUAUGCAGGGUGCUGCCGGCAGCUUCCAUCAAGAAAUGUUUGGUCAUGAAACUCACAACAGUACACCGUGGACUAUCCGGGAGGUGCAGACCUUACUCGGCAUCCUCGCCGAAGACAAGGUGCAGCAGGAUCUGGUGGGCGCGGUGCGCAACAAGAAAGUCUUCCAGCUGGUCUCGCAAAGAAUGGCCGCCGAGGGCUUCCACAGGACAUGCGGGCAGUGCCAAUUGAAAUGCAAAAAGCUGCGGUCCGACUACAGAAAGAUAAAACAGCAGAACCGGCGAAAGGCGUGGAGGUGGUUCGAUCUGGUGGACGCCGUUUAUGGCCGCAGGCCGGCUAUUGAGAAGAGCGCGGGACACAUGCACACGACGAAUUCUUUGCUGCAGGCCAUGGUGGAAUCUGAAGUUGAAAAUCUGGACUCCAGCUGCGACAACGGCGAGCAGAUCACCUCGCCGGGCGGUUCGCCCAUGAGAGCCCCGGCAGAACCGGGACCAUCAACCCAGUGUGCCCCUCGCCUUCAUGUACCUUCUACAAAGAGGAAGAGCGAGGACUGUGGGGUGACCGUGGAGCUGGACGAAAUGUCCGCGCCGGCGCAAAAGCUGGAGGAGCUGCACGAACAGAACUUCAGGCAGAAUCUGGAGCAGUCAGCCGCCGUCAACCAGGGCUUUUUCAGGGUUUUACAUUCCAAGGGGAAGCCGAACUGAACCAUGCUGUUUAUUUAUAGUAUCGCAAAUCCUCUCCUGUUGUUUUCAAAUAUUGUGUACCCGUGUCAUAGAAGUAAGUUGUUCAAGAGGAGGCUCCAAUAAUCAAAAGUAUGAGCAGUAAUACGCUGUAUUGUUUAUAAUAACUCUUCUGCUUUCUUUACACAAUGUAUGGAAGACAUGACCCACAAAGGAAUAACCUGUUACAUUAUGGUGUGGGACCAAGAGCUCUUGAACAAAAUUGGCAAUGUAAGUAUUUUACUAUUUGUCACUAUUUCAACGGACAUGCUCAGUGUUUCUCUUUUUAAGAAAUGAUCAUUGAAUGCACAUAAAACCAUGUAAAAGACUAUA